AGAAAAAGAGGAGAGAGAGAGAGAAAAAGAGAGGAGGAGCGCUGUGAGAUGGAGUGAGAAAGCGUGAAAAGAGGGAUGAUAGAGGGGUUUCUGUCGAGAGCAGCCAUUGAGAGAGGGAGGGAGGGAGAGGAGGAUGAUAAGAGGAAAGAGGGCGAGGGAGUAUGUGUGCGUUCUAACCGUCCAAACACGUGUCAAAAGAGAUACAGACUUCAGCAUACAGACGCGCUUGUUUCCACGACGACGACAGCAAGCAUGGGGGCUGUGAUGGGUACGCUGACAAUGCAAGCCAAGACGAGGAGGCUGUCCAGGGACAAAACUGAUGAUGACUUGGAGAUAACCAUGGUGUGCCAUCGACCCGAGGGCCUCGACCAGCUAGAAGCUAUAACCAACUUCAGCAAAAGAGAGCUCCAAGUGCUCUACCGGGGCUUUAAGAAUGAGUGUCCAAGUGGUGUCGUGAAUGAGGAUACUUUCAAGCAAAUAUACUCCCAGUUCUUCCCACAGGGAGAUGCCAGCACCUACGCACACUACCUGUUCAACGCAUUUGACACAGCACAAAGCGGCUCCAUAAAGUUUGAGGACUUUGUAGCAGCUCUGUCCAUCCUGCUGAGGGGCUCCAUCACUGAGAAGCUACAGUGGACCUUCAACCUUUACGAUGUCAACAGAGAUGGAUACAUCAACAAAGAGGAGAUGACAGGCAUCGUCAGAGCGAUAUACGACAUGAUGGGGAAGUACACUUACCCUGCCUUGAAAAAUGACGCACCCAAACAGCAUGUGGAUGCCUUCUUUCAGAAAAUGGACAAAAACAGAGACGGUGUGGUCACUCUGGAUGAAUUCAUCCUCUCUUGUCAAGAGGAUGAAAACAUCAUGAGGUCUCUACAGCUCUUUGAAAAUGUCAUCUAGCACCAGAUGAAAGCGCCAAGCGAGAGAAGAGAAUGGAACAAAGAAGGAAGAGAAGCAGGAGAGAUGAGAAAAGGAACAGCAUAGCUUGAGACAAAACAUGGAUCUUGUAGCUUUGUGUGGGACGGUUGCCACAAAUCUUCAUGGAAGGCAUCUUGCUGUAACAAAUCCUAAGGGACAAACGUUUUGAAAAAUGUCCUUUGGACUUAAACCCUUCAUUUGACCUUUCUGUAACAAUUUACCUUGUCUCCAUCGCCCUCGUUUGUUGCUGUUGUUACGCUUACGGUUACAGUCGCCUCAGACUUUAUUUCAUGGCAUCGUGUAAAUACUGAUUCUCACACAUUUGAUUGAAUACUUCUCUGUAUAUUGAACCACAUUCUCAAGCAGGACUGGAAUUCCUAAAAGCAGCUAAGCAGUGAGAUCAACCCAAUGCAUACUUUGUGCAUUAGAGGUGUAAUUAAUAGCUGUUUUCAUCAUGAAUUUCUGUGUCAAUACAACAAAUGUGAGCAAUAUUGUGAAGCAUGCAAGACAGAGGCCUACUACAUAUUUAACAUACAUGUGCCAUGAAAAACUUGGUGGCAAUAUAUUCAGCUAAGUAGAUACAUUUGAAAAGCUAAGGUCUGGGUGUAGCAUCUCACACAGCCACCUCAUCCGUUUCUGAAUUCAGACACAGGCCUGGAAAGGUUUGCAGAGCUGAAUUUAAGCUUGCAGUCUUAAGUCUCGUGACAGCUUGCAGCAGUCUUCUCUACACCUAUUGUGGGUGUUCCAGUGGUGUCAGUCAGUGUUUCAAUGUUGUAACGACUCAACUGUAGAUAUUUAACUGUUGUAUUGUAUUGUGGCCGUGUGGAACAGUCUUGUCUGCGUGUUUCUGAUUCUGACUAUCUGUCUGUCUAUCUGUCAAAUUGGAUAUAACUGUAAUUAUUCUACCUGACACUCUUUGUUAAAUAAAAAGUCAAUUUAGA